AUGGAGACUCAAGCAGGCCGACCGGAGCCGUCCGGUUUCCGCAACAAACGUCCGCAAAAAGCCGCCCAGUGGAUCAACCCUCUGCUUCGCUUCCUGCAGCUAGCAGCUGCUGUGUCUGCCUUCCCCGUGAUGAUCCGGGCGGGUGCAGGGCUGUUGUGGUUCUCCAAUUGGCAGGCCUUUUCGUUUCUUAUAGCGGGGACGGUUAUAGCGGGGUUCUGGGCGCUGCUGAUGCUGCUUCUGGACUGCUUCCUGGCAGCUUCCGGGAAGCUGCUUCACUCGACGGCUCUGCUCUGGGCCAUUGUGAUUGGCGACUUUAUUGCUCUAUCCAUGGCUCUGAGUGCCGGUGCUGCCACAGCUGCCUUGACCACCCUCAACGAUCAGGGCCUGCCCGGCCGUCCCUUCAUCUGCACGGGGUCAACGCCCUUCAACACCUUCUAUUGCUCUAUCCAUGGCCCUCAGUGCCGGUGUCUCCCUCUCCAUGUCGUGUCUCCCCCCCCCCCCUCACAGAUUGCUCUAUCCAUGGCCCUCAGUGCCGGUGCUGCCACGGCUGCCAUCACAACUCUCAACGACCAGGGUCUGCCCGGCCGUCCCUUCAUUUGCACGGGGUCGACGCCCUUCAACACCUUCUGUGCCCGCACCAAGGCUGCUGCCGCCAUGGCUCUCAUCUCUGCUGCCUUCUUCCUGCCCUCGCUGCUACUCAGUGGUGCCAGACUAGCUUCCGAGUACUAUGAAGAAGAUGAUUAG